AUUUGAAAACCUCUCCUUUUUUUAAAUACGCGGAACUACAUUCUUUUAACAAGAGGUAUAGCUAUAAAUUAGCAGGCAAUGGCCAGCGCGUGGAUCCAACCAACGGCGAGAUGACACUACAACCAGUUGGAAGUCGCACCGCGGCAGUCACAACCAUGAUCUCGCACUGGAAGUCUCUCCUUCUCAUCCUGCUCCUUAUCGCUGCAGGAUACUGCGACCCAGUGCUGCCUCAAGCUCCAGUGGUUCCAAUAGUUCCAGUAGCAGACAACCUGGUGCUGCUAACCGGGAUGACCUUGGCCAAACAGACAAGGCCUGACUGCCCCUACUGUGACUCCAGCGUGUUCCCCUAUUGCAGUGAUAAGCUGUUACAUGACGCCUGCUGCUGUCUCAAUCCUUACGAAACAAAGUUGCCGCCGCAAUGCAAGCUUGCAGAUUGCAGUUUUCUACAUGCCAACACCUGCAAGGAACAUCGUCUCAUUACACGCUGUUGCUGUGACCGACUGCUGUAUAUAAAGAGAUGAUCAAGACGAAUCUUACUCCUGUGAUGUUUAAGAGGAACUAACAAACCAUCCAAAUGACUGCCAGAACAGUGAUGUUUAUUGUUAAACAAUUUUUUAAUUGUUGAACAUUAAAAUAAAUACUUAUAUUUUACAGUGUUUUCUAA